AUGUAUUAUUCUCUUUUUAACUUAGUUUCUUUGCUUCUCUUCUUGUCCUCCCUUGUUAUUCUAGUUAGAAAAUGGAGUAAAAACAAAAAACAAAGGUUACCUCCAGGUCCAUGGAGACUUCCUUUUAUUGGAAGUUUACAUCAUUUGAUCAUUGGAGGACAACUUCCACAUCGCGUUUUUAGAAAUUUAGCGCGAAGGUAUGGACCUAUUAUGUACUUACAACUCGGGGAAAUUCCUGUUGUAAUCAUAUCAUCACCUACUAUUGCACAAGAGAUUUUGAGAACUCAUGAUCUCGCAUUUGCUGAUAGGCCACAAUUUGUAUCCACAAAUAUCAUAUUGUACAAUAAUAAAGAUAUUAUAUUUAGCCAGUAUGGUGACUACUGGAGACAAAUGCGUAAGAUUUGUAUGGUAGAACUUCUUAGUGUGAAGAUGGUCAAGUCCUUUAGUGGAAUUCGACAAGAUGAGCUUUCAAGUCUCAUUUCAUCUAUUCGUUCCACAAGCGGCGGAGCUACAGUAUUGAUUAAUAUGUCAGAAAAAGUUGUUCGGUUUACAAACUCUGUUACUUGUAGAUCAGCUUUUGGAAAAAUAUGCAAAGGUAAAAAUGAGUUUAUAACACUUAUGAAGGAAGUACUAUUCUUUGCUGGAGGAUUUGAUGUGGCUGAUUUGUUCCCUUCUUGGAAGUUACUUCAUAACAUAAGUGGUGUGAAAUCUAGAUUGAUGAAGGCACAUCAAAAAGUUGAUUCAAUUAUGGAAAAUAUUAUUAAUGAACAUAUUGAAAAUAAAUCAAUUGGGAAAAAGAAAAAUGGUGAGUUUGGAGAUGAGGAUUUGGUUGAUGUUUUACUAAGAACUAAGGAGAACUCUCGACUUCAAUUUCCAAUUACAAAUGACCAUAUUAAAGCUGUAAUUUCUGAUAUAUUUAUUGGUGGAACUGAAACUUCAUCUUCAACUAUUAUUUGGGCAUUAUCAGAAAUGAUGAGGAACCCAAGUGUCAUGGCCAAAGCCCAAAGUGAAGUGAGACAAGUCUUUAAAGGAAAGAAAAAGUAUGAUGAAAAUGACAUAGAAAAGUUGACAUAUCUAAAGUUAGUGAUUAAGGAAACAUUAAGGCUCCAUACUCCAGGUCCUCUUAUGGGACCUAGAGAAUGUAGGGAGAACACAAAUAUAGAUGGAUACAUCAUUCCUCAAAAGACUAGAGUACUUGUCAAUGUAUGGGCACUUGCGAGAGAUCCGAAAUAUUGGCAAAAUCCUACAAGUUUUAUACCAGAGAGAUUUGAAAAUUCUUCGAUUGACUUUAUGGGGAAUGACUUUGAGUUUAUUCCGUUUGGUUCAGGAAGAAGGAUGUGUCCAGGAAUACAAUUUGCUUUAGCUAGUGUUGGAUUUUCUUUGGCUCAGUUACUCUACCACUUUGAAUGGGAACUACCAAAUGGAGUUAAUUCAAAAGAUUUGGACAUGACUGAAACACAUGGAUUAACUGCAUCAAAAAAGAAAGAUUUAUAUUUAAUUGCCACAAAUUAUCGUAUCAAUGAAGAAUAUUGAUGUUAUGCGUGAAAUAGCGAAAUUUAGUUUAAAC